CAGAUCGUUGUUAAGUUUCUCGUCCGGGUUUUAAUCGAGAAAGAGUAAAGAACUUGAAGAUACAUGUAUUACCCGACAUACAGAAACGAAAGGCAUAUGCAAGGAAGAUUGCGGGGCACGCCCAGACGUCAAGUACCGCGUGACUUCUACGAUUUCAUCACUGAUGCCAUAUCAUGUAUCGUUAAUUUAUUAGCUCCGGCAAACUACUGGGCGAAUAAUAGUCGGGUGUUGAUUAUUCAAGAGCUAUUGAGAAGGCUGGGCAUAGAAGAUGUGUCAAGUUUAGUCACGAAAGACGAGCGAGAUCAGGUAGUUGAUCAAAUCAGAUAUCGGUUUGGUCCUGAGAAAAACCCACACGGUGUAUUUUUCAACUUAGCAUUCGGUAGAAUCACGCUCACCUUUCGAAAACUAUGGACGCUGCAUGCAGAUUAUGUCUUGCCUUCACAAGGACAGACUACGACUCGUAAUCACCAAACAGUCAGCACAUUACAACAUGAACUUCAAGACGAACUUCAAAAUCUAGUUUUAGAUUAUUUACAAGGUUCAAAAAAGCGGCCGAUUCAACUUCAACCUCAAAUUGGGUGCGAUGAUUAUGUACUUCGUAUUUGGUUUGGACAUGGAGAUGAGAUUAUAUUGGCAAGAGAUCUGUCGAGAACGGUACAAUUUGAUUGGGCAAAGGGUCUCCCAGCUGGCUACGAGUUAUAUAAUUAUCGUGUGGACAAAAGCAUCAGUCUUAAAAAGAUUGCCAUUAUACCAAUGUCAAACUGUGGACAUUGCAUUCUUUCAAGCGAAAAACAAGAUCAGAUCGUACGACUUGAUGUUAUGUGGGAAUUGCCGCCAGAGGGCGUGUUGCAGCUGGUACCUGAAGCACAAAUUGAAGCAACAUCAUUGAUACCGGUUGAUAGAGAGCUUGUGGUAAGAGAACCCCCAUUGAGUGAUGGAUUGCUAAUAAGUAAUCUGGAACUUAAAACUGAAACACUUCAGCCGCAAGAAACAUUGAGAGAACCCAAAAAGUCAGCGAAGCCAGACCUCGCAUUCACGGGUAAGAUGUUAUACUCUGAGGUGGAAAAACUGCCGAAGUUAUCAGAAACAGUGAAUAAAAAAUGUGCAGUCGUGGCAUCAAAACAACUAUCUGCUGGACCUUUGUUAAACAUCUCUUCCAGAUCAGGAAAACAAUUAUUAAAAGGAUCAAAAACAGUCUCUAAGAAACCAGCGACUAAGGAAUUGCAGGAGACGUCUGAAAAGUUUCUGAUAACAAAAUCCUCUUAUGAUGGCAAAGUACAAACACCGAAAGGAUCACAGCCGGCGUCCGAACAGAUUUUAUCAACAGGACUUCACAGAAACAAAAGAUCAGCAGGAUUAGAAUCCGAACCACCCUCGUCACCGACGAAAGAAUACUCUCCGAAAUUAUCCCCAAAAUCAUCAAAGCUAUCUAUGAAGCAUGUUACGUCCUUUAUCAGCGUGCUCUUGAAAACAUCGGUAUUGAAAGCACUAUCCAGGCAAGCCGUUACUAAACAGCCUUCAGGUAGGGCAAUUACAAAAACAGCGUUAAAUAUACAACCUACAAAGCCGAUCAUGGUAACGCCCGAUGAGCCACCUAAUAUGCAAUCAUCGUUAGUGGAAGGGUCCCUUAAAGAACCAUUAUUAAGAACGGUACCAGCCCAAGCAGCUAAUGAGAUGAAGUCAUUAAAAGGGACACCCGAUGCAAAACAGGGACAGCCAGAAAUCAGUGACAUCAAACCGAUAACGAGUCGACUAGAGGCAAUACCUGAAAAAAAGGAUGUUGUUCAGCGACCUGGGCCAUCUUUUGUAACAAACCCACCAGUAGCAAUAGUUAAAGGUUUAAAAGCACCACGUAAGCCGGCACAUAAGUCGUUGGCAGACGCAUCUAAUGAGGCAAAGCCUAUUUUGAAAGCGAAAGACAAGAAGCCAGCGCCGUUACGGCAAAUAAAGGGAAAACCUGUCAAAAUACCAUCGCCAAUAACUGGGAAACACAAAAAAGCUGCAAUACCGUCCCGCAAAGCGAAAGUUCCCACACAACCAGCGAUCGUUAAACACGCAGUAGCUGAAGCAAAGAAGUUACCUCAAGAGGACAAAUGUAAGGUGAAAUCUCCACCACCGGCAAAGGCAUUGAAGCCACGCGCACCCAAGGUACCAAAACCAUAUGUCGAUAUUAAAGAUUUAAAAUCUUCCUCGGAAGAUGACGAGGACAGGUCAGUAGCAGGGACUCCAAUCAAAACCUCUACACGAUUUCUAGACGAAGAUUCCUCAGUGCCGACAUCAAAGGACGCUCACUCGGAAGCAUCGGAUCCGGUUCUUGAAGACCUAACGCCGCUCUAAUCUAUAACCGAACUGUCAACGGAUACGUUUUAAAUGUUUUCGAUUUUAUGAUGUUCCUCGUUAUAAUUGAACCGAGCACAAAAUUUGGUGCAGUGGUCUUAAAAUCGCGCGAAUUGGUUUCAGGGACAUCGACUUAAAAAAAAUUUGGGUAAGCUUCAAAUCUUCAUUGCCUGUUAGUACUUUCGGUCAUACCCCUUUGCUGUACCCAUACCCCCUUUGAUGUAUAUGACAAUAAUAACAAUCACAUUGUACCUA